AAUUAGAUCAUAAUUCCAUAUAAUAUCUAGUGUUCUCAAAUUAUAGGACUUAGUUUGUAUUAAUCUAAAAAAUUAGAGCGUUAAAUGUAAUUUUAGUAAAAUCUCGUUCUUCUUAAAUAAAUAACAAUUGUUUGGAAAAAAAGAGAAAAACAAAGGGAAGCAGAAUAUAGUCAUAAACCUCAAAACCUCUGUCCUUAAACCCCUAAAAUCGGUGGCGCCUCUGCAACUAAAAAGCUGUUCAUUGGGGAUUUUUUUGGUUGGCAGCGAAUGGGGACGACCAAUAAUAUUAGGGAUUUAUUGACUUCAUUCAGUCCUUCUCUGGACUUCUUCGCUAUUAGCUCUGGUGAUGGCCGAAUUAAGAUAUGGGACACCGUGAAGGGUCAGCUGCAGACUGAGUUUUCAGAUAUUGUUUCCUCAGAUGCAACGAAUGAGUUAUUUGGUAAAUCUGAAAGAGGACAUCUUUCUGUGGAUUACAAAUGUAUGACAUGGUUGUCCCUGGAGAAAAAGAAGAAAAGGAAGCUUGGCACUUCAUUGCUGGUUUUAGGAACCGGAAGUGGUGAUGUUUUAGCACUGGAUGUUGCUGCUGGUCAGUUGAAAUGGAAAGUCAAUGACUGUCAUCCUGGGGGAGUCAAUGCCAUUUCAUUUUGUUCCCACGGGUCAUUUAUCUAUACAGCUGGAGUUGAUGGAAGGGUUUGUAGACUUGAUUCCUUGACUGGGAAUUUGUUAGAUGAGUUCAAAGCAUCCACAAAGGCAAUAUCAUCUCUGGUUGUUUCAGCAGACGGGAAGAUGCUUUCCACUGCAGCAGCACAACUGAAGAUCUUUGAUUGUUUCAAACAGAAAAAGAUGCAGAAGUUUUCUGGCCAUCCUGGGACCGUAAGUUGUAUGGUCUUUUCCGAAGAUGGGAGGUACGUGCUCUCUUCUGCUGUCGGUGAACGUUAUGUUGCGAUUUGGAGGAUAGACGGCAGCAAAAACAAAUCAGCCUGUUGUUCUCUCCCGAUGGAUCAUCCCCCUGUCUUUUUGGACUGCAAGUGUGUCCCUAGUAGCAGUGGAGAUGAUGCAAGCCUAUGCAUUUUGGCCAUUUCAGAAGUGGGUGUUUGCUAUUAUUGGCAUGGAAGUGAUAUUCAGGAAAUAAAUAACUCGAAGCACACAAAGAUCUACCUAAAUUUUGAUGAACAUUUACGAAAGAAAACCAAGGGAACUCUCCCCGGUAUAUUUGCAGCAAAGUUACAGAAUGUCUCUAAGCCUAGCUCAGUUCAGGUGCUCCUUGCUUAUGGUCUGCUAAUGAAGCCUUCUUUUGAGAAUAUUUUGGUGCAACCUGGUCAUGACCUAAAAUUAAGCAGUUCACUUGACGGGAUUCUUCUUCCUAUCAGUCAACUGCAAAAAUCUAAAAAAGUAGCAGACAUUCAUAGUGAAAUCACUGCCUUGGAUCGUGCAAGUGCAGAAGAUGCCUUACUUCCUAAGCCAAAAUUCUUAAAUGUAGUUGACAAAACUACUUCCCUUAGGCCCACAGUGAGUAGAGAGGAUAUGAAGGAAGUGAGUUUGCCAGAUGCCACUUUCUCAAUGGAAGACAGGUUAAGAUCCGUGGGGAUCCUUGACGAUUUUGAUGGACUGACAUCUGGGUCCGUUAGUGAUUCAGCCGAGACCUUACAGGAUAUUAAUCUUGUGGAGAGUGUUUCGCAAAAGAAGAUGAAGGCAAAUAUAUUAUCUCUUGAACCGAGUGAAGCGUACAAGUUGUUGAAAAUAUUGGUGGCGGCAUGGUUUUCCAGAUCCUUCCCUGGAAGAUAUGUCCUUCCCUGGAUAUGCUGUAUCUUAGUAAAUCACAGUCAGUUCAUCUUAGAUCAGGAACCGGGGGGCCAACUUCUUGAUUCUUUGUUCAAGCUAUCGAAAUCAAGAGAGGGAUCUGUUCAGUAUUUAUUACAAUUGUCGGGUCGUUUGCAGCUUGUGACAGCCCAGGUUGGUUCUGCUGGAGUCUGUUGGAUUGAAAAUUUUUCUUAUUCUUCAUAGUUUGUUGUUCUAUUUUUCACCCACUACCAUGUAUCAGAUUGAUAAGGGUAAAGGUGGCAAAGUUUCAAAGCCAACACAAGACGAGCAAAUCGAUGAAAGUGAAGACGAAGAAGACGUGGACGAAGUUCUAUAUGGUAUUGACGAUCAGACUGAUUCUGAGAGUGAUGAGUAGAAAUUUGUGAAAAGUAUCCGGUAAGGUGUUUUCCGUGAUCAUAACUUGUUUAGCAUAACGUUCUUCCUAGUAGACUUCCACAGGAAAAAUCAUGUAGAUUUGACUAUUAAUGCAGCCUUUUGCAAUCGGUUCUUUCAUUGCCAAAACUAGUGGCAUGAAUUGCCUGCGCGCUGGGAACUGGAGAAUCUCGCCUUUGUUGGUUAGGCAGCAUUAGUGGUGUCUACAUCUCAAAACUUCUAGGGCCAUCCUUUGCUUGAUUUGUCUUCUCGCUUUUGGAGGUUGAAUGCACCUGAUGAAGAGUCACCUUGCUGUAGAUCUCCAGUAAGCCUGGCUGUACAACUUGUUCACGACGGAAGAUUUUUAUUUCUUACUUUUCCUCUUUUGGCUUUUACCGUUUUGAAGACAGAAAGUUAUACUUGAGAAUGCUUCUUUCUCUACUUUCUUUGGAGAUAAUAUAUGAUUUGCAGUCAAGUUGAUCAUGUAUUUAAUAAUUGAUUAGUUUGUGUGCUUUUUUGUUUUUAUUUAUUAACAAGUAAAGCAGUUACUUAUUGACCUUGUUUGAAAAGAAAAAGAAAACUUAAUUAAUUGUCCUUGGUCGAAUGGUUGAUUAAUUAUUUGAUUUGCUUAGCAAAAAGUGGUUAAUCUGAUUAAUUGCUUUGUAUUCAAUUAAAUGCAACCUUGCAACUAAUAAACUACAAUUGUUUAGGCACAUCUUCAUAUAAAAGAUUUUGAAGAAUAUAAAAUAGUAUAAUUGGAUUAUAUUACAAGAAAUGAAUGGAUGGUUGGUUUUUGGACUGUACCAAAAGUUGGAAUAUAGGACAUAUUCUUCCUGCUCUUAAAAGCCAGGAAUCUGAUUUCCUUUCAAUAUUCGUCGCACACAUGUUUGCAUGCUUAUCUAAAAAGUAUUAUCCUGAAAGAUAUGCUCAUCAUGAGAAGGCUUCCACUUUUCGUGCAACUGUUUGUUGUUAUGGUUAAUUCUAGACUAUUCUACAUGCAUUUGGAUUUUCAUCACUGAAUGCUGAAGUGAUGUUUCCAUUUCCAUUGCCAUUGUUUCCAUAGUAAUGAUAGUCGUCACUGUAGUAGCCCUCGGGCCUGCUGUUAUAACUAUAUUGUGUGUAUCGUGUUGGUGGUGAUGGCGGCGGCCGAGUGUAAUGUGUAUACUCAGGUGGUGGUGGUGGUGGUGUGGGUCUGCUAUAAUGUAUAUAUUGUGGUGGUGGGGACGGUGUUGCUGCCGGAGGCGCGAUAUACUCGUAUCCGGUGACAUACGGUGAUGCGCGGUAUGUGUUAUAACUGUGAGUUACAUAGAUAGGUUGUUGGGGGGGUGGUGGUGGUGGUUCUGGUCGGAAACCUGGACCUGCGGGAGGAUAAGAAUGCCAUUGACUGUUGUACCCCUGAUUCAUGCUCCCAUGAUUAUCAUUGUAGCUGUAUCUGAAGCCAUAAUCCGGUGGGUGGUGAUAAACAACAUGAACCUGUUCAACAUCUUUAGGUUUAUUAGGAAGGUGGUAUUGAGUCAUCUUGACUGCGGGAGAAGCUUGUGGAGGUUCUUCUGCUGCUGGUGCUGGUGGUUUAGGUCUAGAUUUAGGUGGUUUAGCCUCCAGUUUUAGAUGUUGGGGUGGAUCUUUUGGUGGCUCUGCUGGUUGUUGUUGGCCUUCCUCCUGUCCUGGUGAGGAACCAUCAUGUUGUGUUGGACCUGGAUUAAUACCAGAAGCCUCUGAGGGUUGGGGAGGAGGGUUAGAAGCUGGUGGUGGUGGCUCAUCUCCUCGAACUGCAUCGGCAGAAUUGUCAUCAUCUGGUGGCUGAGUUUGUUGGCGAUGAUCAUCAUCAGGUGGUUCUGAGUGGGAACAAAUGAUGGCUGUUUUUCUUGUCUUCUUAAUGGCUUUUACUAUUUUCUCAGGGUCAGCCCACCCGAUGAUGGUUAUCUUUUGUUGAGGGAAGUCAAUGUAAAGCUCACAAAUACCUGUUUUUUGGUUAUAGAAAAAGGGGAUGAAUGUUAUGAGCAGCAAGAAAAGGGUUAUUUUGGCAGGAGCAAGAGGACGACAACUCAGACUUACCGUUGAUGCCAUGCAGAGCCUUCUUGAUCUUCUGUACGCAUCCGUUGCAAUCCAUCCGGACCUGUAUCUCUGUAACUCUGGGUUUCUGCAUUUACUCAACCAAAGAAAAAAGAAGAGAGCCAUCAGUCAGUGAGUGAUGUUGAUAAAAAAAAAGAUGAAAUUUGUUUUGAAUGUAUUUGCAUUUGGUGGUUGAAGGGUUGCACAUACCUCCAUUUCUGGAAUCAUUACCAGAGAAGAAAUGAAGAGAUGAUGGAGAGGAUGAGAGUAUACGAUACAAGUGUAAUGUAUAUGGGAGAAUCAAAGCAUAUAUUGUGGCUCUUGUGCAUGAGAAGAGGAAAAGAGAAUAUUGAAAAGGUUGAUGAAAUGUGUGGGACAAUGGGCAAAGAAUCUCUUUUUAAGGGAUAGACAUAGUUUUUUUUGGCAUGCUUCCCUGAUUGAUUAGCUUUAUAAUAUACACAAUAUCAAGGUUAUAUAUUCUGCAUAAGAAUUCUUGAGGAAGAAAAAAAAAACUCCUAAAAAAGUAGUGGUUUUUUGGUCUGGACCCUUGAAUGUUGAAGCCAAAGGGAAUUUAGGCUUUUUUCUCACUAUGGAUGGUUAUCUGUAAUUGCUUGGUUUUCUCUGCAAAGCAGUUUAUGAUAUCAUCAUCAUCAUCCAAAGCUAGCCAACCCUUGGAAAAGGAUUAUAAAGUGGGUUGGGAGGAGACAUAUUUAGAUAUUUUAUUUUUUCUUCAAAUUUCCAAGCAUGGUUAAUUUCUCAUUCAUACAUUAGUCAUUUUCAAGGACCUAAUUGGUCGAAAAAACCAAAGGAAAGUAGCUUUAGAGUGAAGAAGGAUAUCCACUCUCUCAGAAUCCUUUUGUCACAAGCAAAGUGGCUUUAGAUGAUGAUAGCAAUUACAAAUAGAAAACCUUGCUUCUUUUUUUUUUUCUUUUGUUGUUUGCCUAACUGAUUCUGAAUUAU